AGGUUCAUCCUCACCUUGCCUUCUCCGAGCCCGGUUGCUCUCGCCUUCCCAACGCUUGUCAUUCUGGACGACUCACGCCUGGUCGCGUCUCAACUUCUACGAAUUUUAAUAGCCAACUUCACAAUAAUGCGUGCUUUCUCCGUCGUGCUUCUUCCCCUUUCCGCCGCUCUCCUUGCUUCGGCAGGCCCUGUCGACCGCAGAGCAGCUUUCACACUGGCUAAUGGACAGGCUGCUCAGAAUUUGAACGCUCAUUUCGCCACUCUUACGCCGGACUCCCCCUGUACAGAUGGGCAGAAUGCCUGCAUAAAUGGGCAAUUUGCUCAGUGCGCUGGAGGCAAGUUCGCCAUUACUGGAUGUGCCGGCGGACUGCAAUGUGUUGCGCUUCCCCUCGUGAACUCCCCUGGUACAAGUGUAACGUGCGAUACCGCCGCCGACGCUGCUGCACGAAUCGCUGCCACCGGGGCCACUGGUGGUUUGACCGGCAGAUCGUUACCAGAGUCGUCAAUUGAGAAGCGUGCGGCAUUUACCUUGGCCAACGGACAGGCUGCCCAGGCUCUCAAUGCGAAAUUCGCAACUUUGGCCCCCGACUCCUCAUGCACUCCCGGUGAAAAUGCCUGCGUGAACGGUCAGUUCGCUCAAUGUGCGAACGGCAAUUUCGUCACGUUCCCUUGUGCGGGUGGCCUGCAAUGCGUAGCGCUUCCGUUGGUUAACUCCGCCGGAACCAGCAUCACUUGCGAUACGACCGCCGAUGCUGUAACGCGGAUCGCCGCUACUGGUGCAUCCGGAGGACUGACGGGACGUUCCCUUGAAGCACGUCAAGCCACGGCCCCGCCUGCAUGUGCAGCGAAGGCUAAGCGUUCUACGGAUAUGGAGUUGGUGCGCCGCAUCGCACAGUCCGACCUCCCAGCAGUUGCACAGAGUUGGCAAGACUUGUGCCUGAAGAGUGGGGGCGACAUCACCACGAACAGCCCUUGUGUCACCUUAGCCGGCGUGAAUGGGAUCAAUGCUCUGCUUGCCAACUCAGACCCCUGCGCGCAACAGGACAACGCCGAUGCUAUGAUUGAUUUCGCCAAGUCUGCUGGCGUCACGAACCAGGACGCUCUGAUUGCCAACGCGAUUGCGUUCCGCAAGCACCCGAGGAAUGCUCUGAACAUUAACGGCGUUGUGCCUUCGACGCCUUUCUGCACUCGUGCUCCAAGGAACCCUGAACUUCAGGGAGUUGUCAACGCCCAGCUGGACGGUGUCAAUCCCGGCUUGUUCGGCUCUCCUGCUCUUGGUGUCUUUGCCUUCGGUGCCGCUGGCACAUGCCCAUUCGGUCAGACUCCUGACGUGGCAACGUGCACCUGCAACUAAGAGCUCGUGAUGAUAUUAUUCCCAUCCUACGACCAGAAUCACGCAAAUAUUUAUUUUCCUAUUUAUUGGCUAUUCUCGUUCGAGGGUUGCAACUGUGAUCAAUUGUAUAUUUGCUGCAUUAUUAGAACCGGAAUGACAAGCAUUUGGG